AUGGCCAGCACCGUGUCCGCCUACAAGGAGAAGAUGAAGGAGCUGUCUGUGCUGUCACUCAUCUGCUCCUGCUUCUACUCGCAGCCGCACCCCAAGACCAUCUACCAGUAUGGGGACAUGGAGGUGAAGCAUCUGGACAAACGGGCCUCUGGACAGAGCUUCGAGGUUAUCCUCAAGUCCCCUUCUGACCUGUCCCCAGAGAGCCCUGUGCUCUCCUCCCCACCCAAGAGGAAGGAUGCCUCCCUGGAGGAGCUGCAGAAGCGGCUGGAGGCAGCGGAGGAGCGGAGGAAGACGCAGGAGGCGCAGGUGCUGAAGCAGCUGGCGGAGCGGCGAGAGCACGAGCGCGAGGUGCUGCACAAGGCGCUGGCGGGAAGCAGCAAUUUCAGCCGCUUGGCGGAGGAGAAGCUCAACCACAAGAUGGAGCUCAGUAGGGAGAUCCGCGAGGCGCACCUGGCGGCGCUGCGCGAGCGGCUGCGCGAGAAGGAGCUGCACGCGGCCGAGGUGCGCAGGAACAAGGAGCAGCGGGAGGAGAUGUCCGGCUGA